UUUGGUCUUGUUCUUCUCCUUCUUUUUUUCUUUCUUCUUUUCUUCCGCAUUGCUGUCUCUAUGUUUCGGUAUGUGAGUUCCGUCCUGUCAACGUGCCCUUAACACGGAAGACUCGAAGGAGACUGGACGGGCAACGACAUCUUUUUUCGCUAACAACAUACGAACCCGUGCACCAUCCAAUGGGCAACGAUUAUGGAGCCUCUUCCGAAGGAUACUAGGCUUACUAUUAUUGCUGGAGUCACCUCGGCAUCCAUAGGGGUCAUCGGAAUAUUCAUGGGAGUCAGAGUAUACAUCAGAGGGUAUCUUAUGCGCGCAUGGAAAUUGGACGACACGAUGUUCAUUUGCUCGGCUUUUCUUGCUGUUGUUCAGAUUACAUUGAUCAAGUGCGGCGCGAUAUAUGGCGCACUCGGCCGACACAUAUGGACUGUAACGCCCACGAUGAUAAAGAAAGAUGCCACUUUCCUCGUCGCGGCGACCUUAACGUACCAAGUUGCAUUCCCCCUCAUUAAAGCAACAUACCUCGCGCAACAUCGCCGAGCAUUUGCUCUCCCAAACAUAAAGCUGCUAUGUGAUGUGUUUUUGGGAGUAUUGUUCGUCAUAUCAAUCACGUUGCUCAUUCUCGGCGGGGUUGCCACGAGGGGGUUUACCGACCCUGAUCCGAACAAGCUCCCAGAUAUCAGAUCGACAGGAUUCGUUGUUUUCAACUACUUGUCCGGUGCCUCAAAUCUUGUUACGGGAAUUAUAGUUUUCAUACUGCCUAUCAUUCUUGUAGGACGAAUGCGCCUCGCAGCAAUGCAGAAAGCCGGGCUCAUUGCCAGCUUCGGAGUUGGCAUCUUUACGUGCGCCAUGUCAAUCAUGAGAAUUAUUAGCAUGAAAUUGGAUUUAGGCAGUGGUGACCCAUUUUACGCGAUCGUCCCGAUCACGCUCUUGGGCGCCGCCGAAUUGACCAGCGCCGUCGUCUGCGCGUGUC